CCGGUUCCUGUCUGGCAGUUUGAGAGUCUAGGACCCUGGGUUGUUUGGGUCUGAAGGAGUGGGGACUCUUUCCACCGGGACAUCGUGCCCUCCUAGGGGUGCAGGGCGCCUUGUGUGUAGCCCCCAGAACAGAUUUCUGCUUCCUAACCUGGCUGUGAUCAUUGCGAUGGAGCAAGAGCAGAAACCGCUGGUCUCAGACUUGAAUGGCUUCAUGGAGAGGGGGAGUUUGAAAAACUCUUUUACAGGAGAUGAAAGUAAGAAUAAUUUAGAAACUGUUCAACACAACAACCUUAAGGCAGAUAAAGAGAGAGGCUCAGAAUGCUCUAAAAAAGACGGCCCACAAAACUUUAAGCAGGAGGAUAUGAAAGAAAUACCAUUGACACUGUCCCAAGGAGAUAAGACUUGGUGUGAUAGUUUCUAUGAGAGUGACUGCAAGUCAGAGAAUCGGGAAAAUUCUACAGGAAAAGAGGAAGAAAAACCCAGUGACCCAGGAGAGCAUGCCAAUGCGUCUGACCAGCAGAAUUCCUCCUUCAAAGACAAACGUCAUAAAUGCUUUGAAUGUUGGAAAAGCUUCAAUAAUAGUUCUCAUUUGCGUGCUCACCAGAGGACCCACUCAGGAGAAAAACCUUAUAAAUGCUUUGAGUGUGGGAAAUGCUUCAGUAACAGCUCUCACCUGAUCCAGCAUCUGAGAACACACACAGGAGAGAAGCCCUACCAGUGCGGGGAAUGUGGGAAAAACUUCAGUAAUACCUCCCAUCUUGUUAUCCACGAGAGGACUCACACGGGAGAGAAGCCCUAUAAGUGUCCCGAAUGCGAGAAGAGUUUCAGCAGCAGCUCUCACCUUAUUCAGCAUUACAGGAUACACACUGGGGAAAAACCGUAUGAGUGUCCUGUUUGUGGGAAAUGCUUCAGCCACAGUUACGUCCUAAUAGAACAUCAGAGGACUCACACUGGGGAAAAACCUUACAAGUGCUCAGAUUGUGGGAAGGGUUUUAGUCAGAGUUCCAGUGUGAUUCGCCACCAGCGGACACACACAGGUGAGAAACCCUACAGAUGUAGCGAAUGUGGCAAAAGCUUUGGUUGUAAUUCUACUCUAAUAAAGCAUCAGAGAGUACACACAGAAGUCUGUUCAGAAAGUAUCCAGCCAUGUAAUAGAGACAUUUAUUGAAGAAGAUACAAGAAACUUUGUACAUAGGACAGUGAUGCCUCAGUUCCCUGCAAAGUAGGUAUCUUGGGACCUCACACAGU